AUGAUCCAACUGAACGGCCCAAACAAUGAUCCCUGCUGUCAUGUCAUUGCCCUUUCUUUUUACUUUCCAGCUGAAACGAAUGUCCUCUUCUAUCUCAACGAUGCAGUCACACAGCUACUUGAACAUAAAGAGGAAUACACUCAGUUUGGUGUGGCCCGAUAUUUUGCAGAAUAUUUUACCAGUGUGAAGAAUGGGAAUCAUGUGCUCUUCAGGGAAUUCAGUUACAUCAAGGCGACUACUCACAACAGAGAGUCCUUCAUCCAUAUCUUCUGGAAAUGCUUCAGACAGAUUGGAAAGAAUGGGGAUCUGUUGGCAAUGGCAGAAUAUAGUUCACUUUUACAGCUGUUGUGUCCUGACUUUCCUACUGAGAUGGUACAAAAUGCAGCCAGGAUUGUCCUGAUAGAAGAUGCCACUGACUGUCUAAUGUCAUUCUCAGAUUUUAUUUAUUCAUUCCAAAUCCAGUUCUAUUUUGAAGAGUUUGUGGAGAGUGUGUCUGUGAUUUACCAAGACCUGCUGUCGGGGAAGAGCCCAAACACUGUCAUAGUCCCGACCUCCACCUCGGUGGAGCAGUUAUCCAGCGCAGCCAACGAGGAGCCGGACGCUCAAGGCGGCGUAGACUCCUCCAUCUUUUGUGAAUGUAUAGAAGGACUUUGUGAGAGGUUUAAACACAAGUUUCCUUCCAGUGUUGCCAUUAAGGAGAUAUUAGAGAGCAGUCAGCGAGUGUCUUUCUAUGGCUUCCUGAUGGCCUUGGCCAAACAUGAGGGAGUAAACCAAGACAUCGGUGCUCUUCCCAAUAAACCGGACCUGCUGAUUGAUCCAGAGAUGGACCAGGAGCUGGAGAGACUCAUAGCUCAAGUCGCCAUCAGCCCGACCUCCAACAACAACAGCAGCAGCAGUGCUGCGGGACAGAAGGAAACGUCCAAGAAGGCCUCACCGCGCAAGUCCCUGCACCAACGCAAGAGGAUCGAAAUGGAGAGUGAUGGUUCCACGGAGGAGACCGACUCUUCUGAGAAUUAACAUGCACAGACCUGCUUGUGAGCAUCUUAAUGGGUUUUUUAGACAACUGUGCCGGUUCACUAAUUUGAUUAGAAAAAUCCAAAACUGCUGAUACGUGUCUGUGUUCACUACUUUCCAGUUCUAUGGGCUUCUCUGUAACCCAACUACUUCCAUUGCUGAAGCAAAAAAAUAAACAAAAUAG